GGGGCCACCGGCUCCGCUGCCAACCCCGGCCGCGGUCACCGGUGCCCCGGGCAUGUCCGUGUCGAGCCCAUCGGAGCCCGAGAGCAGCCCCUGCUCAGUGCUGGGGCCCCGCGGCGCUGAUGCGGAGCCCGCCGAGGAGAAGAUCUGCGCCGUGUGCGGGGACCGCGCCACCGGGUACCACUUCCACGUCAUGACCUGCGAGGGCUGCAAAGGGUUCUUCAGGCGCUCCAUCAACAAGGGGGUCCAGUUCACGUGCCCCUUCUCCCAGAGCUGCCCCAUCACCAAAGCCAAGCGCCGGCAGUGCCAGGCCUGCCGCCUGCAGAAGUGCCUCGACGUGGGCAUGCGGAAGGACAUGAUCAUGUCGGAGGAGGCUCUGCGGCGGCGCCGGGCGCUGCGGCGGCAGCGGCGCUUGGCGCUGGCAGCACCGGGACCGGGGGGGCUGUCGGCGGAGCAGCAGGAGCUCAUCGCGCUCCUCAUCGCCGCGCACCAGCAAACCUUCGACUCCAGCUUCUCCCAGUUCACGGACUACCGGCCCGCUGUUCGCCUCUACAUCCCCAGCCUGCAGAGCCCCCCGGAGCCCGGCGGCGGCACCGCGGCGUGGCCCGAGCGCCUGGACGAGGAUGUGCUGCCCGAUGUGUUCUCGAUGCUGCCCCACUUCGCCGACCUCAGCACCUUCAUGAUCCAGCAGGUCAUCAACUUCGCCAAGGAGAUCCCGGCCUUCAGGAGUUUGCCCAUCGAUGACCAGAUCUCGCUGCUGAAAGGAGCCACGCUGGAGAUCUGCCAGAUCCAGUUCAACACCGUCUUCAACGCCGAGACCAACGCCUGGGAGUGCGGGCAGCACUGCUACACCAUCCAGGACGGUGCCUUGGCCGGGUUCCAGCAGAUUUACCUGGAGCCGCUGCUCAAGUUCCACAUCAGCCUCAAGAAGCUGGGGCUGCACGAGGCCGAGUACGUCCUGCUCCAGGCCAUGCUGCUCUUCUCACCUGACCACGCCAGCAUCACCCAGCACGACUCCAUCGACCAGUUCCAGGAGAAGGUGGCAUUGACCCUCAAGAGCUACAUUGACCACCAGCACCCCAUGCCCGAGGGCAGGUUUCUCUACGCGAAGCUGCUGCUGCUGCUGACGGAGCUGCAGACGCUGAAGGUGGAGAACACGCGGCAGAUCCUGCACAUCCAGGACCUGUCCUCCAUGACGCCGCUGCUCUCCGAGAUCAUCAGCUAAACCCACCCGGCAUUCCCGGUGCUCCCAGCACAGCUCCCCAAGCAGAGUAAAGCUCCUUUAUUUUUCCAGGC